CCAAUAAACACAUCCUUUAACAAUUGUCUAACCCUCAUAAUCUAUUCGGUUAUCUCCCUUUGCACGCCUUCCCUCUUCUGAGAACAUUUUCCAGCAAUCGUUUCGUAUUGGGGUUGUCUAUUCCCCCCCAAAAUUCUAUGGGGAAGACUGCAUUUUUUGAUCUGGAAAGGCACUUCGCCUUCUAUGGCGCUUAUCACAGCAACCCAAUCAACAUUUUCAUCCAUGUCCUGUUUGUUUGGCCGAUUUUCUUCACCACUCUCAUGUAUUUGUAUUUCACCCCUUCUUUCUAUACGAUUCCCAAAUCCCCUUGUGGGUUUGAUCAUGGCCUGGUUUUGAACUUCGGAUUUCUUUUCACUUUAAUCUAUGCUGCAUCUUAUGUGAUUUUCGAUAAGAAAGCAGGGUCCAUGGCCGCUUUGCUUUGUUUCGUCUGUUGGGUUGGAGCAAGCUUCAUCUCCAAUAGACUUGGUUAUUCCCAGACUUGGAAGGUGGUACUGGCUGCUCAGCUGUUCUGUUGGACAAACCAGUUUAUAGGCCAUGGAGUGUUUGAGAAACGUGCACCGGCUUUGUUGGACAAUCUUGCACAAGCCUUUCUAAUGGCUCCAUUCUUUGUGUUUUUGGAGGUUCUUCAAACUUUAUUCAAAUAUGAACCAUAUCCUGGGUUUAGUGCAAGUGUGCAAGCAAAGAUAGAAGCAGAUAUAAAAGAGUGGAAAGAAAAGAAGAAGCUCUCAUAGGUUGAAUUGCCUGGACUUCGAUUAAAAAAAGGUCUGAUCUGGGUUGCCUUUAGUAAAAAUAGUGUGAAAACUAACUAACUACUUCAUAUGAACAUUUCAAAAUCUAUCAAUGAUAUUAUUGUACAUGUUCUGCUUUUCAA